AUGUCGUCCGCACCUACGCACAUCCUCUUCGAGUGCGCCACGGGAUGCGCCGUCUUCGAGGUGGCCGCCGUCGAGGAGAUCGGCUCGCUCUCCCGCGCCGUGCAGGAGAGCGUGAAUGAGGUCAACACGUUUGGCAAGAUGGUCAAGCUCCUCUCCUUCUCGCCCUUCAAGAAUGCGCUCGAUGCACUGCAGGCGUCGCUCGACAUCUCCGAGGGCGUGCUGAACGACUACCUCAAGUCACUCCUCACGCUCAACCUCGCCGCCGCCAAGAAGAAGAGCGUGGUGCUCGGCGUCCAGGACCGCAACCUUGCCACCUCGAUCGUCGGCGAGCUCGGCAUCCCCUGCGACACGGGCGACACCGCGCUCGAACUCAUCCGCGGCGUGCGCCAGCACGCAGAGAAGCUGCUCAAGGGCAUGGCCGACGGCGACCUCGCAAAGGCACAGCUCGGCCUCGGUCACAGCUACUCGCGCUCCAAGGUCAAGUUCAACGUCAACCGCUCCGACAACAUGAUCAUCCAGGCCAUCGCCCUGCUCGACACGCUCGACAAGGACGUCAACACCUUCGCCAUGCGCGUCCGAGAGUGGUACGGCUGGCACUUCCCCGAGCUCGUCAAGCUCACCUCGGACAACCUCACCUACGCCAAGCUGGCGCGCUUCAUCCGCAACAAGGAGCGUCUGUCCGAGGACGACGUCGAGGAGAUGACCGACAUCCUUGCCGGCGACGAGACCGCCGCCAAGAACAUCCUCGACGCCGCACGCGCUUCCAUGGGCCAGGAGAUCGGCGAACUCGACAUGCACAACAUCCUCAACUUUGCCGAGCGCGUCAUCGACCUCGGCGAGUACCGCAAGAACAUGCACAAGUACCUCAUAGAAAAGAUGCACCUCGUCGCACCCAACCUCUCGGCGCUGCUGGGCGAGAUCAUCGGCGCGCGACUCAUCUCGCACGCCGGCUCGCUCACCAACCUCGCCAAGUACCCGGCCUCGACGGUGCAGAUCCUCGGCGCUGAAAAGGCGCUCUUCCGCGCCCUCAAGACCAAGGGCAACACGCCCAAGUAUGGUCUGAUCUACCACGCUUCGGCCAUCGCACGUGCGGCGCCCAAGAACAAGGGCCGCAUGUCGCGCUUCCUCGCCAACAAGAUCUCCAUCGCCUCGAGGAUCGACUGCUUCUCCGACAAGCCCACCACCAAGUUCGGCGAGGUGCUCGCCGUGCAGGUCGAAGAGCGCCUGGCGUUCUACGAGACGGGCAAGGCCCCGAGCAAGAACGCGGAUGCCAUGAGCAAGGCGAUCAAGGCGAUCGAGGAGGCUGCCGGUGACCUGAUGGACGAGGACGCCGAUGACAGCGACGACGAAGACGCCCAGAUGCCCGCCGCCGUCGGCGUCACAGAUCCUGCCGAUGCAAAGAAGAGCAAGGACAAGGACGCAAAGAAGGACAAGAAGUCCAAGUCCAAGUCGUCCGACAAGGACAAGAAGAAGGACGUCGAAAAGGCAGCCAAGAAGGCCGCCAAGGAGGCCAAGAAGGACAAGAAGGAGAAGAAGGAGAAGAAAGACAAGAAGAAGUGA